AAAACCCAAACAUUUUUAUGUGAUUCUUUGAGCAAAAUAUUUGGUUACUGAACGAGUGUUUUUCUGAGGCAUCUCUGCUCUUUGUCGUCUCGCUGCAAGUUUGGAUACACCGAUACUAGUUCGAACUGCAUAAAAAUUCUGGAUUGGAUUUUCCUUGGGUAUAAAACAAAUGGCUGAGUUAAACCCGGGUAUACUCAUAGAUAUUGUGGAUGAAGAAUGGAUGAGAAGCACUCUUCCUGAUGAUGAACUUCCCCUUCCACCAGUGCUUGUUGUACGGACUGAUGAUACCGAGGAUUCAAAUCAGGAGACUCAACGAGUUGCUGCAGAUGGUUGGCAUGACCUUGCUUUAGGUUCUCAGUGAUUUUUAUUUUUUAUUUUUUAUGGCAUAAGAAUUUGUGUAAGUUGGCCGCCAUCUUUUGAAACGUAAUUGAACCGUUGUCCUUUGGAUUUGUUGAAUAUGAGGUUUUGGAGUCUAUCUUAUUGACGUGAAGCUGAUCAUAUGCAGCGCUAUAAUUUUCUGUAUAUUUUGUAA